UUGCGAGUACAGCUACCUCUCAGAGGUUAGAAUACUGCUUAAAAUGCCAUUUAAAUUAAAACGUUAAAUAUAAAAACAAUUGAGCAAUAAAAGUGUUUACCUUAUGUAAAUUCCGCGCGCGUAUUAAGCUAUUUGUCAAAAAUUCUUCUUCGCAAUGUCAAUUUGACAUGUUAUACUGUCACGUCUUCGCAUAGUCUUAUACCAGGAGUUCUCGAUAGACGAUAACGCGCACGAAUUUCUGAUAACGAGACAUUUUGUAAGGCGAGAUAUUUCAAAAAAAUAAAUGUGCAAUAGGAGGCCGUGUUAAGUUUAAUGGCAGCUGGAAAAUGUCGUUUAGUGAAAGUUAGUCUAAUCUCAAAGCUGGUGCUGUGAACACGAAUUUACAAAAUAUAGAAAAAUAUAGUUUGAAUUUUAUUGUUUUUUUUAUCGAGUUACGAGUUUUCUUUUUUUUUUUUUUUGUGUGAAAGAAAAAACUUUCUAGAGGUUGCAAGUCAUCCUUUUUUUUAUUUAAUUACUUGGUUGGUUUUUGGCAUUGUGUGGUAUAUGAUGAUUUCGCCGGAGCAGCAUGAAGUUGAUUUGGUGCUGGAUCGCCAGGUGCGACAGAAUAUCCAGGACAUGAUGCACGAGGCCGAUGUGCAGGCAAAUCUUCUGGAAAGUGAAGGCGUUUCUGGACGCGAUCGUUACAAUUCGGAGUCGAGCAUUGAUCAGGAUCAUAUGCAACAGGAGAGCAUGGGAAUGCUGGGCACUUUAUCAGCCGAUGAGAUUGUCGAGGAGGAUCAGGACUCGGAGCAGGCUGUCCAGGAGAUCCAAAACUUCCAUGACAUGCUCGUCGAUUCCCACAUCGAUAUCAACGGUUCGAUGCGCAAGCGUCGUGGCAAUUUACCAAAGCAUUCGGUGAAGAUCCUGAAGCGUUGGCUCUACGAACAUCGUUACAAUGCCUAUCCCAGUGAUGCGGAGAAGUUUGCACUGUCCCAGGAGGCGAAUCUGACGGUGCUGCAGGUCUGCAAUUGGUUCAUCAAUGCCCGGCGACGUAUCCUGCCCGAGAUGAUACGGCGCGAGGGAAACGAUCCCCUGCACUUUACCAUCUCGCGACGUGGCAAAAAGAUUAGUCCAAACUCCUCCGGCUCAAUCAGCAUGAGUGCAGGCGGUGCGCCAAAUCCAAUUACAGGCAGUCCUGCCUCGGAAGUGGUUGUUGGCGCCACAGAGGAAGUUCACAGUGCCUCUGAAAUGCACGAGGGAAUCGCCAAUGUGCUGACCAACUUUGAUCAGUAUGUGCGAACACCGAGUGGUCAAAUGAUGAAAAUGGAGCCAGAGUUCGAUGAGAGCGUCAUUUACAGUUGGCAACAAGCAAUUGCAAGCAAUCCGAUGGGCUUCCAAAGGUUGCACUCCUCGCUGCAAGCCACCAUUAUCGAUAAGAUACAAAGCUAUCAAUUGCGCAAGACAUCCGUCGAUGAGGGAAGCGAGGGGAGCAGCAGCAGCAGCAAUUCCACCUUAGCAUAUAGUCCAUUUGGUCAGCUGCCGCUGGAAUUCGAAGAGGAUAAACCCAAGAGACGAGGACGCAAACGCCAAACCGAUCCGAAUACCACAAUUGCUGUGCCAAGCAAAGUUAUAAAGCAGGAACUCGAGGAAGAACCGAAACCGAAGCAAAUGCAAAUCCAAAUCACUCCAGCUGCAGGAUCCGAGGGUGAAGAAAGUGGCCAUGAUUACGAAUCCUGCGAGCAGGGAAGUGAGGAGGAAGUGCGAUUCGAGACCUCAGAUGAUUGGCAGAGUGUCAUCAAAACCGUUUUCAGUACUGAAGAAGUGACUACCACCAAGACAAAUGCAAGCACCAGUGCAGCCAAUUGUGAAACAGUGCCAACGCAGAUCCUAAAGACCGAGGGCAAUCAGCAUCUGUUGGAUCAUAUUUUGGGGGCCGAGGCAACCGUUGUGACCAGUGGCAAUGCCAUUGAUGAUAUUACAUGUGCUCCACAGCAGGAGGAAAGCUUUACCAUGUCGGAAAAUGAUAAUACGCAACAGACGCCGCAGACUCCGCCACGUCCAGCUUUGAGUCGCGAGGAACGCGAUAAAUAUAAAUGCCUUUAUUAUCUUGUGGAAACGGCGAUGGCUGUGCGUCAGAACGAUUGUGACCAAGUGGAAGAUCUUGCCCAUAUGGGCAACUAUCUCAAUAACUAAUCAACAUAACAAUGAUUGUUGUAUAUAUUAACAUAGUAUUUGAUUUCAAUGCAGACAACCGGCUGCGCUUUUUAGACUCAUUAUUUUCUCUUGGCGAACAAUUAACAAAUAACAGUCAAUUACAUAUCGAGAAAGCAGAAAAGCA